AUGCAGGUACCAACCGUGACUCUCGAAGACCUGCACGCCUUCCACACCAAGCACUUUCCCGGCCAACCCCAAACCCUGGUCCCACCCUCUGCCUCUGACAAUACUGCUGUCGAGGAGGGCACCGACGAGGAGGAUCUCGGGUCCUACCCCGACGGAGUGAAACGCACCUUGACCGACGAGCAGAUCCGCAUCUUCAGACACAGCGAGAUCCACGCGCUGCUACGCGCACGCCAGCUGCAGGAAGAUGACGCUGAGUACGAGGCGCGCAGGCGCUUGUCGGAUUCGGCGUCGGGGGCUGAGAUGAAUCCUGUGGACGAGGCUUCGCAAGCCAAGGAACUGGCUGGUGUUGGCGACGAUGGUGUGCAGGCGCAGCGCCAACCGCAUCCGGAGUCGGAGGCGCCUGCUGGAUCUCAUGAAUCCCUGGAUUACGGCGAGGAUGAACGGGACGCAGCUCCGGUGCAUAAGAAACCUCGGGCGGAGGCACAGCCACCCUUCUCUCGCAGGGUUGUCUCCUAUGACGAUUGA